AUGGGAGACCACUACUCCCGUUUACCACCUGCUCAAGGCAUGCCUGGAAGACCAGCGACCUCCGGGCUCGUUCUGCUGGAUGCCGAGCGCAUGGCUGUGUUCCGCAACGCAUUAGAUAAUAUAUUGCUUUCCGAUAUCGCCGAGACCACAUUCUCAGAGAUCCUUGACGGCCUGCCAACGGAGGGUUCUUGGCUUGAGUUUGACGUCUGGCAAGAGGGGCAUCCCGUGGAUGUAUUGGGACACAAUGAACUAUGUGUUGGUACUCGAGAGAAGGCCAGGAAGCUUCGCGCUGACUUCGACGUUUACAUUUUGUCUUUCCCCACUGCGAACCUUCGCGACUUCCAAAAGGCUGUCCCAGGGACUAGGAGCUAUCUACUCAGCCUUAUUGAGUUACUAGCCAGGUCAUGCCAUGAGAUCGCUGCCCGCUUAUUUGAACUUGACGAUGGUAUCCACAACCACAGCGUUUACGAGGCAUGGCGCGAUGUACCGGUCGACCCCCUUUCGAACCCACUGAUUCGCCCAUUUCGGCGACCUUCCGUAUUCUGCCACGGCUCAUAUAGUUUCCAUGAUCAAUAUCCUCGUGGCCUUGCUGAUGUGGUCGGAUAUUGGGCGGAAACCAGGAUCUUUGGGGGUGUUGUCGUGUUCGACAGAGGAUCGACCGGUACCGAGCGAAAAGAGAUGUAUAUACACGGAGGUCACAAGAAAGCCCCGUUGACGCUGUUUCCCCCCACCUCAGAUCAAUUCGACGCACUGGCACAGUACCUGCUCCAAGGACAGUCAGCGGACACCCCAUGUCCUCUACCCAUCAAAGCGUCUCGUCUUAACGGCUAUCGCUACCAUCCGCAUGACGCCAUUUCUCGCUUCAACAUAUUCCGCGACCGGCACGAGAGGAAAGAGCCGCCUACCAGGAGCACACACCGCAUGUAUAUGGAUGGGCGGAACUGGCCUGAGAUGGAGUAUCUUUUCCAGGUCCUGGACCUUCACUCCAAACGUGCUGAAGGCGAGCAGAUUGAUGAGGCAGAGCUAGCUGCGGCGGAAGAAGGUAGGCGGCGUAUCACGCCGUCGUCUCCGUACUGGCCGUACGGAGGGGAAAUAGACCCUGAGGCAACGUGUACAGACAGCGAAUGGAUGUUUCAAUAG